GUGAAAUGCAUUGUGGGUCUACUACUGAGACUGGAGCUGGAGCUGGAGGCUGCGAGCCGCCUCGGUAAACUAGCAGCAGAUGCCGAUAUGUCACUUCGCCGCCAAUGUCCUACUUUCUUUGAAUAAAGCUUGGGAUAAAGAAUAAAUAGCGGACAAUGGACUCCCCAGAAGCAGUGGCGUUAACCCACAGUGAAAGAAGAGAAGACACAGCGCCAAGCACAUCAAAUACAUCUGGUCAAGGAGACGAUGGACCAACAAAGCCAAGGAAGCCAUCUUUGAAGAGGACCAAUGGUAAGCCUACAAAUGCAAAAGCCAAGAAGCAUAAAAAGGCCAGAGUCUCCAGGCCUGCCCAGCUUGGCUACACUGUCCAUCAAGGGGAAGACAUGCUUCUUGUCAUAUCGAGUUCUACUUCUCAGUACGAUGGUUCAGCCUGGGCCCCCCCAAAGAAGGGAAGCAAAAAGAAGAAGCUUGUGAAAGGAAAAGGGAAAGCUAAUCAGAUUAAGAAAAUAAAGACAGUCCGUACAAGGCCUAAACUGGCAAAUAAGCCAGUUGCCGAGGAAAAAGAGGACACUAACUUGUUUGUGCCGCAGAAAGCGACAGACCACAGAUGGGGUCAGAGUCUUCCUGAGGAGGUGCUCAUCAGUAUUUUUCAGAUGGUGGUCGUCCAAGAUGGUGCUGUACCGUUUCUCUGCAGGGUGGGGAGAGUUUGUCGUCUGUGGAACGCUGCUGCCUCCAGUCCGGCCCUGUGGCGUAAAGUGACUGUAGGUCACUGCUGGAUCGCACCAGGGAAAUCCCAGCUACCUAAAACUGAGAAGAAGAUUAAAGACACUUUCAACUGGCUGGCACAGAACAGAUUCUCUCAGCUACGAGACUUCUCUCUCUGUCACUGGUCAAAGAAUGUUACCUAUGCAGUAGAGGUUGUGUCUCAGUUCUGCCCUCACCUUCGCUCCCUGAAGCUCUCCUACUGUACGGGCCUGACAGCGACAGCCUUCCACACACUUGCUCUACACGGCCGGUCUCUACAAAGCAUGAAUCUCCAGUAUUCUGAGUUUCAGGUUGAGGGACUCCUGGAGUACCUCGAAAAUCACGGGAGCCAGAUCAAACAAAUCUUGUUCACUCAUGGACUAAAGAAUGACAGACUUCUGACUGCCAUCACCAAGGGGAAUUGUCCUGAUUUGGAGUUCCUGGAGGUCAACACAAAGCUCGACAGUAAAGAUUGUGAACUUCCCGUUUGCAUCCAGGCACUACAGAUGGCAUGCCCUAAACUCAAGACCUUCCGGAUGCUGAAUGUCAGACCUCUGCAUAAGACGAUGCGUAAUGGUGCUGACUCGCCAUCAGGCUUCCCGUUGCUGGAGGAGCUGUGUAUCGCAACCACCUCCUAUUCCUACAUGACUGACAAAGACUUGUGGGACAUCCUCUUUGGCUCCACCAGGCUGCGGGUGUUGGACCUGCGAGGCUGUUCUCGAAUCACACCAUACGGUCUCACAUUACUACCAUGUCUUGAGCUUGAGUGUCUGUUCUGGGGACAGUACUUCAGCAGCAAUGUUGGGUUGCCAUCACCUAAGAAGGGGCUUCACACGGUGACCCAGAAGUGGAGUCGCACACUGCAACAGCUUGACAUCGCAAACCAGCUCUUCGCCGAGGAGGACUUGGAGACAGCGAUGAGUCACCUUGCUCACGGCACAGAGGCAGAUACCCUUCGUUCACUAAACCUGAGUGGGACCAGGAUCACACCGCCUGCCCUCAGGCCUGUCAUCGGCCAAAUGACUGCUCUAAGCUACCUCAACCUUUCAUCCUGCCGUUAUCUUCCAAGAGGACUGAAGAGAAUUUAUCGUGGCCAAGAGGACAUUCGCCAGCUGCUCGACAAAUUGGAGUAGUUGUCAUAUUCAUUUGGUUCCAAAAAUAGUUCCAGGCUUAAAACACGCAUCUUUGUGAAUUAUGUGGUUAUGAUGGAUUGUUGUUUAGAUAUUUUUAAUUUAUUUGUAAAUGGGUUUUUUAAAUAUAUGUAUACCAUACACAUAAAACAGUCAAUGUUACUGUUCUAGAAAGCAAGGGUGUGGAAUCCACUUACUCAUAGUAAGAGCACAGUCUACUCUACAUGUCGCUUAAGGGGUGACAUUGACAUUUUUGGAAUUUAAUACAUUUAUAUGAAUUACCUUAACUGUUAAUCUACAGGGAUAAUUAGUUGUGUAUAACUGGGUUUCCUGGAUUUUUGAAUUUCUUUUCUAUUCUUUUUUUAAAUACAUUUUUACACCACGUUACAAUAAUGCCAGACAAAAGUGUGUGAAGAAAUAUUUGACAUUAAAAAUUAAUGUUCAAAAGGUCA